AGCUCGGCGCCACAGUGCAGUCCAAUCAGGACACUCGGAUGGUGUCAGCGGGAAGGAGUAGGCAGAUUAAAUUUAACUUUUCGGCUGCGAUUAUGAUAUACCUUCUUAUUGGAAUGUAAACAUAAUGUUGAAAAGAGGAGCAACCCCUGCUUUUAUGCUGCUGUUGUCAUUGCUUGGGAUCGUCGCCUGCGUAUCCGCAGAUAUUGGCACCAUAGUCCAUUUGCCAGGGGGCACAUUUAAAAUGGGAUGUGAUGCAGCUGACGCUCAGGAUGGUGAAGCACCAGUCAGGGAGGUAACAGUCCAGCCUUUUGCAUUGGACAAAUAUCCUGUAACAAAUGCAGAGUUCAGAGAAUUUGUCAGGGCGCAAAAAUACCGAACUGAAGCAGAAACAUUUGGGUGGAGUUUUGUUUUCCAGGAUUUUGUGUCUAAUGAAUUAAAAAACAAAGUGACUGAAACCAUAGAGUCUGCACCCUGGUGGCUUCCUGUGGAAAAGGCAUUUUGGAGACAGCCUUGGGGUCCAGGCUCCAGUAUAAAGGAAAGACUGAAUUUUCCUGUGGUUCAGGUGAGCUGGAAUGAUGCCCAGGCUUAUUGUAAAUGGAGACAAAAGAGGCUUCCAACUGAAGAGGAAUGGGAAUUUGCUGCUCGGGGUGGCUUAGAAGGCCGUAUUUACCCAUGGGGAAACAAGUUUCUGGCCAAACGCUGUAACCUCUGGCAGGGCACAUUCCCAGAAAAAGACACAUCAGAAGAUGGCUAUCAUGGAGUUUCUCCAGUGACAGCCUUUCCAUCCCAGAAUAACUAUGGUUUCUUUGAUAUGCUUGGGAAUACUUGGGAGUGGACAGAUACUGUGUAUAAGUCUGCAGGUCAGCUGUCCAACCGUAGCCCUCAGAAAAUGUAUGUCUUACGUGGAGCUUCUUGGAUCGACAGUGUUGAUGGGUCAGCCAAUCAUAAAGCCCGUGUUACCACCAGAAUGGGAAAUACACCAGAUUCUGCCUCUGAUAAUCUAGGUUUCCGUUGUGCUGUCUCUACUAAAAUGAAAAAUCAAAAAAGUAAUAGCAGGACAGAGCUAUAACUACUUGGUUUUACUAAGACGGAGAGUAAACCAGAUUAUUCCUCUGAUAAUCUGGGAUUCCAUUGUAUUGCCAACACUGGAAUGAAGAAAUAAAAACAAAAGGAUUCA